AUGGCGACUCCUUCUGCUAAGCCUGGCGCAACGCCGACCCAUCUGUCUUCUCCCCACCCCUCCUCCGCGCCUCUCUCCCGAUCUCUAGCCCACAAGUCUCCUUCCAUGAGAACCCAAACAGCCAACGGCCAACAGAACAGUGUGUCGUCACAUCAGUAUUCCACACCCCUCGCCGUCACUAGUGGGGUUGACGACCCCGUCAACUUCAGCUCCCCUUCGGCUCUGUUGGCACUCGGUGGGUACACUGGAAUCAGCCCUUCGCCCGCAGUGCACGAUGGUCUUGGUACGAGCAUGAACGAAAGUGAUAUUCAAAAUUUGGGGAUGCAAGGUCUCAAGCUUGGGGUUGCGCGCGACAACGACGAAGAGCAAAGACAUCGCAUCGAUGAGGUCGUUCAAUUGUUGCGCGCGCGCGUUUCGGGAAGAGGAGUUAGCCGGGAGAGCGUGGAGCGACUGAGCCGGCUUGAAGGUUUUGAGUCUAUCUGGCAGGAUGAUAACCUCAACAUCGCUGGCAACUUCGUCGAUCUGGAAGUCGAAUUCUAUCCCGGCCUUGACGUUGUUAAAGACGUCAGUCUACGCUACGCAACGCCUGAAUUCACGGAGGGUGUUCGCCGCGAUAAAGCUACGGCAGUAUUGAAACGAACCCUUGCACAGUCCCCGGAGGACGCUGAAAUUGGAAAGUGGAGGUCACUGCAAGAAUUCCAUGAGAACCUACAAUGGCUUGCCAAGCUCGACAAGCUCAGCCAGGAGGUCAAUUGUUUUGAGGCAUUGGAAAAUCUUGAAGAGAACUUUAAGCGGAUCUGGGUCGAGGAAAGCAAGAAUGAAAAACACGGGGGUGAAUACCAGCAUCUUUGUACUGGUGUUCUCGGGCGUCCCAGAAUGCACAAGGGCACUCGAAUUGGCCUUGGUUUGGAAUACUGGGUCGAACAGGCCAAAGUAUUGGAUGUAAAGAACAGCAAGCAACCGUCAGACGCCAUGGAGAUUGACGAGCAACAAGACCACGAGUCAAAGAUUGAGCUGGAGGAUCAAAGCAGGUCCUGGGCCGUCAUGGUCGAAUGUGAAGUGGGAUAUCCCUCUCUUCGCAUAUCAAAGGAGUGGGUUGGGAAUGAAGCAUUUACUGCAGGCGAAAGCAACGAGUCGCUUCCUUCAAAUGGGGCCGCGGGCUCUGUGAACUGGCUGGAUCCUCCACAGACCAUGCGAUUGACGCACGGAAACCACGACCCCAUGGCCAUGGACUCCAGCAUGCUGGAGUCAUCGCCACCUAACCGUCGCUUUGUGGCUAAGCUGGAGCCGGCUCUCGACGUCCCCAUCCUUGCCGCCUCCGAAAUUUAUCGACACCUCGGUAUGCAAUUGCAGCAGCAGGACUUUAAGAUGGUCACAUAUGACGCCUUGUUGGUAUCGGAUUCUUCAUCCAUGUCGCCAGGCUCUUCUCCCCAUCCUGGCCGUAGAAAACGCCAGAUGCAGGUCCUGGCAGUCGACUCGAAGGGCGAGCAACAGACGAAACGGCACAAUUAUACUUUCCAAGCAUUUGAGUCUAGCUCUGGUUUGACUGUCAAUGAGUUGCCAUUCUCACACCCACGGCAACUCGCAGACAUUCUUCCGAUCCUCCGACAAUAUGCAAUGCUAGCAAACUUGAUCAGGAAGACAUUUCAAGUACCUGACCAGGAGGCAGGGAACACCAAUGGAGUCUCUGCUCCAACCUCUGAUACAACUUUACCCCCCCCACACCAAGCGGCCAACGAUUCCGCUAGUCUGGAUGGUAUCACUGUCUUGAACAACGAUAACCCUAAUGAGGGUAGACUAGAUUUCCUGCUUGGUCUGAGCACAACAGAAGGAAACGACCCAUCAUUCAGCCAUGGAAGCCUGACUCCUCUCAACGGGAAACCAAGUCCCACCCAGCCACCUAUGGACGAUGUCAAAGUGGAUGUCACAUUGCGUACCCAACUUGGACAAGCGCCUGCUUUGAUGUUGUUGAUCACGGACCAGAAGAUUCCCAAUGAGGAAACCCCUCAAGUCCAAAGACCUUGCCAAAUCGCGAUCUGCGUCGAGGUCGGGCUGAACGGCCAAGUCUCGGUUGUAGAAACUGCAGGGUUAACCAAUUGCGGGAGCGGCGGCGACUCGGAAAUGCAGGGCACAGACGACUCCGGUUCCGGUGCUGGAGAAAUCCAAAAGCAGAUUGCUAGAGUUCUUGAACUCUCACAAGACUUGGGCAUCCUCGUGGAGUGGAUUUUGCGUUGGCUCCAGCGGACUGACGGGUAA